AUGUAUAAAUGUAAUUUCUGUGAGAGAGGUUUUUCACGAAGAGAGAGUCUUACACAACAUUUUAAUCGACUCCAUCCGUACUUCCAACAGUCACGAACACUAAAUUGGGUACAAGAUCAACGAUAUGAGUACCAAAAACCACCUCGAUCUUCAGACAAUCUUGCUGAGGCUGAGGCAGAUAAUUUAUUACCAAUAGAUGAUCAAAAUCCGUUACCAUCGCAAAUUUCAAGUUUUGGAAAUGAUGAAAGGAUUGAAAUCGAUGAUGAUGAUGAUGAAAGGAUCGAAGAUGUUGAUGGUGAUGAUGGUGAAAGGAUCGAAGACGAUGAUGAUGAAAGGAUCGAAGAUGGUGAUGGCGAUGAUGGUGAAAGGAUCGAUGAGGAUGAAAGUAUCGAUGAUGAUGAUAAUGAAUUAUCAAAUAAUAGUGAUGAAAGUGAAAAUUCUUCUGGUGAUAUUGACGAUUUUCACGAUGGAAGUUAUAUUGCUGCACUUGAUGAUUUAAAUGGCAAUAAUAAACAAGAAACCGUUACAUGGCCAAGUCAGACAUAUAAAGAAUUUAUGACAGCAAUAACACAGUAUCGUAUUUCAGAUGCAGCAGGUGAUGCAAUGUUACAAAUAAUAAAAAAGAAUUGUACUGAACUACUACCUGCUUCUACACGAAAGGGACGAUUGUAUAUGGAUACAAUGAAUAUUAAAGGUCUUCAUCUAAAAACACAAGAUCUCGUUGAAUUUGAAGGAAUAACUUAUAAAUUACAUUAUCGUCCUAUCAUUGAUGCAAUAAAAAGUCUUACAUCUAAUCAAGAAUUAUGUAAAGAAUUUUUUCUUGAUUAUAAGGAAUAG